UUGUGCAAUGUGCAUGCUGCUCGCUGCUCGCUCCGAUUGGAUUUUCAGGCAUGAUUUUGGACCUGGAAUUGCGUGGACUGAGCAGGGCAAUGCUUUUUAGUAUGUAAAUCUUAAUUACUGCAUCUUCAUGAAACCUAGGUAUGCGGAAUAUCUUUGGCGUAGGCAUAAUGAUUAGGAGGAUUAAGGAUAAGAACAUCAAGUUUAAACUGAAUUUGCAUUGAUACUGCUGCUGUGUGCAAGAACUACUGCAUGACUAUGAGUUUACUUGGGCACAUCUUCAACUGCUUGAAAACAAGCCAAAAAUAUUCACUGCUACAGACUCGUUUCUUAUCAAAAUGUUGUGGUUUUAAAAGCUAUGUCUCACACAACAGCAAUGCAAUCAAAUACUGUCGAAAUGUGAACUUGUCCUCAAGUAAUCCUAGUAAACAAAUGUAUAAUACUGUUUCCGCUACAAUCAAGUCAACUUGUUUAAAAACUUCUGUUACAAGAAAACUAUCAAAUCAAAGAAAUUUUAUAUCAAAAAAUAUCAAAUUUUAUUCGGUGUUAACGUAUGGAAGAACUUUAAUUAGAAAUGAAUUUCAUAAACGCCCUCUAAAAUGGACUUGGAGACGGAGGAUACAUAAAGGAGUAGGAUCGUCAAAGAAGAAUAGGACUGUUGUGUUGUAUGUGCUUGCAGCAACAAUAAUGACUGGGGGUCUGUCGUAUGCUGCAGUGCCCCUCUAUGCUGUAUUCUGUCAGGCUACUGGUCUUGGUGGUCAAGCGACCAAGGGACAUGACACAGAUAAAGUUGAAUCGAUGAUGGUGAUAAAAAAUCGUCAGAUACUGAUCAAGUUUAAUGCAGACACAGCAGCAAGUAUGAGAUGGAAUUUCCGUCCUCAACAACCAGAAGUGAAGGUGUAUCCAGGAGAAACGGCCCUUGCAUUCUACUCUGCAUUGAACCCAACUGACAAGCCGAUUGUAGGCAUCUCCACCUACAAUGUUGUACCAUUCGAGGCUGGACAAUACUUCAAUAAGAUACAGUGCUUUUGUUUUGAAGAGCAACGAUUAGAAGCACAUGAACAGGUUGAUAUGCCCGUAUUCUUCUACAUCGAUCCAGAAUUUGCUGAAGACCCAAAGAUGGCAAAAGUAGACAUCAUAACCCUCUCCUACACAUUCUUUGAAGCUAAGGAAGGCUUAGAAUUACCAGAUCCUUGGAUGAAACAUUAACAUCAAUGACAGCUGUAUCCAGAGCUCUAUGCUUUUAUUGCAUCAGGAAUAGUUAGAACUACCAUUUGCAUCCACAGUUACUCAGCACUCGAAAAAAAUUAUUUAAUUGAUUUUAUAUGGGCUUGAUUCAUUCACAUUAAAACUUGUCCAUGAUAGUAACUUCGGUAUGGAGAAACACUUCGAUUGCAAAUGAUGUUAUCAUCAUUAAAACUUACAAUAGUAAUGUGCAUGUAGAAUUUUUUUUCUCAAAUUACCAAACGUAUUAUGAUUAAUGUGUUUUAGUUUCAAAAGGAACAAAAUAUUAGUAAAGUAAAUUUAGGAAAAAGUUUUUGUACUGUACCUACUGUUACAAACUACUUGCAGGUGGUCAUGAAUACCUCAUAGUUUGUCGUCAGAUUGGUCAGAAGAAUAAAUAUCUAUAACAAAAUA